AUGGACAGGAGGAGCAGUGACCACCAGAGGAGGGCUGCAGCUCGUACAAAGCAGACUGCCCACAAGUCGACCGGUGGUAAAGCACCGAGGAAGCUACUAGUUACAAAAGCCGCUCGCAAGAGUGCGCCCUCUACUGGAGGGGUGAAGAAACCUCAUCAUUACUGGCCUGGUACUGUGGCACUCUGUGAAAUUAGACGUUAUCAGAGGUCCACUGAACUUCUGAUUCGCAAACUUCCCUUCCAGCGUCUGGUGCGGGAAAUUGCUCAGGGCUUCAAAACAGACCUGCGCUUCCAGAGCGCAGCUAUUGGUGCUUUUCAGGAGGCAGGUGAGGCCUAUCUGGUUGGCCUUUUUGAAGACACCAACCUGUGUGCUAUCCCUGCCAAAUGUGUAACAAUUAUACCGAAAGGUAUCCAGCUAGCACGCCACAUACGUGGAAAAGGUGCUUAAGAAUCCACUAUGAUGGGAAACAUUUCAUUCUUAAAAAAAAAAAAAAAAUUCUCUUCUUCCUGUUAUUGGUAGUUCUGAACGUUAGAUAUUUUUUUCCCAUGGGGUCAAAAGAUACCUAAGUAUAUGAUUGCAAGUGGAAAAAUAGGGGACAGAAAUCAGGUAUUGGCAGUUUUUCCAUUUUCAUUUGUGUGUGAAUUUUUAAGAUAAAUGCAGGGACAUAAAGCAUUAAUGAAAGUCAAAAUGUUUCAGUGAGCAAGUUUCAGCAGUUCAACUUUAUAACAAUUAUAAAU